AUCAGAAAACCAUCAGCAAGUGGGAAGAUGUCAGGUCAGAAAUCUCUCAGCAGUGGAUAUCCAAAAUUCAAUGGUCUCCCAAGCAAGACUACGAUGGGAAAUGCCAGGAAAAUGCGGCCCGCUUUGGCGGUGGAGAAAACGUCUCGUGUGGUGGCGUUGGGCGGCACUGCCGUGCUGCUGGACAUCCUGGGUACGAGAGACGAAAAAGCUCUGUGCUGCCUGUGUGACUGUUUGGAGAGAAAUGGACAGGGAGGUCUAGUUGCUCAGAUACAGUCCUCUACAGUAUAUUUCCCAAGGGACUGCAGCACAGACAGAUUUGCUUCCAAACCUUGCUGAGAUUUCACUGUUGUGCCAGUACAAUUAAAUGGACAGGUGCUUAAGUGCUAAAAAGUUGAAUUGCUAGGGACUUCCAUAUUAUAU